CUCACAAAAUGUGACUUGCUUCAAUUUCGUUCACUCAAGCGCAAGAACCUGUCGCAAUCUAGAGUAGAGAUCGUUCCGUCGCCAUGGAAAACAAACUACAACGCUUGCUACUGUCGUUUCUGGUAGCUGCGACUUUGGUCAGCGCCGUCUGUGGCAAAGUAGGCACCCAUCCAGAAGACGGCGAACCUCAGCUGGAUCCGCUGGAGUUCUCGUAUCUCACACUGUGGAAGUAUACCCUGGCCGAGUGCGAAAAGCGAGGCGUCAAUGGAUCGAUCAUCACCCGAUCCUGGAUCGGUGUGAGACGAUGUCUGCGCACCAAGCUGGACGUGAUCGCGUUCAAUAUGGACUCGAUGCGACUGGAUGUGGACAAUCAGCAGGCUAUUUUGGAGAAACACUGCCCAAACCUGAGACAGACGAGUGGGUGUUUUGAUCCGUUUAUGAAGAACGUGAAAACUUGCGUCCAGGACGAUAACUACGAGAUCUUCGAGGCUAUGCGGAAUUGGAUCACGGACGUUCUAGAGCAUAUCUGUGAGGACAAUGGAGCACGGAUAAAGUACGAUCGCGUGAAACACGAGAAGUGUACGGCCGAAUUGGGCCAAUACGUUUUUGAAUGUGCUGCCCAAAACAUUAUUGAUAAGCAGUAUAGUAAUCGUAAGUCGCUUUCGGAAGAAGACUGCAGUAUGAUCGCGCGUGCCAAGGAUUGUCUUGUGAUCAAGCUCAAAGAAUGUUCGGUAUUUUCGGCUGCCGCUCAGCUUUUCUACGAUAACUUCAUACAGAUCACCUCCUGCGCUGCUGCCGCCGUCGAUGACGAUCAUUGAAUCCAAAUAAACCUAAGUUUGUUUAGCAAUCUCUGUCGAA